AUGUUUGGAACACCAAUUAGUGAAAGAAAAGGUCUUGAUAUAACGAUCAACUCAUCAUCAUCUUCUUCUUCCAAGAAGAAAUGUUAUAAAUCAGUAAUUAAACUACUUAUUUUUGCUAGUGUAUUAUUAACUACUUAUUUCUUAUAUUCUUUUAAGAACCCACCUUAUGAAUUAUCAACAAAUACUACAGAUAUCCCAGUACAAGAGGAUUUCAUUGCUCCUGAAGCAUUACCUACUAAUACUGUUGAACAAAUUGGAAGAAGAUCAAAUGAAUUUAUAAUUGAAAGAGAUGAUAAUAAAGAUGACAACAAGGACGAUUCUAAAGAUAGUUCCAACGAUGAUUCUAAAGACAGUUCCGAUGACAACAAUAAAGAUGACAAUAAAGAUAGUUCAAAUGAUGAUAACAACAAUGACAACUCCAAUAGUGAUGACAAUUCUGACAGUGAUGACAAAGAUGACAAGAAGAAAUCUACACCUAUCUACAAUCAACCUGGUAUGAGAUUUGUGUUUGUAUUAUUUGGUUUCAUUUUCUUAAACAUGUUUGCAAUUUGUAUUCAUCAUUUGUAUUUAAAGGCUAGCAAUGUUGCGUAUGCCUAUAAAACUGUUGAUGAUGACAUCUCGCCAUUUUGA